GAUCUUUCUUAUCGAGUAAAUAAGGUCAUAUGUAUAUCAUAACACAACUACUAGCUAGUUGUUUUUAAGCACAACUUGUUCUUCCUUUUUUGCAAUUUUUGGUUGAAUAAUUUGUGUUUUAACGAUUGUAAUAUAGAAAAAUAUACACGAUGAUGUCUGGAUCAACAAACGGGCACCUUUCAGUUCCUCCAGGGUUUCGUUUUCAUCCAACGGACGAAGAACUUCUUUAUUAUUAUCUAAGGAAGAAAGUAUCGUAUGAAGCAAUAGAUUUGGAUGUUAUUAGAGAAGUGGAUCUUAACAAACUUGAACCAUGGGAUCUUAAAGAAAUAUGUAGAAUUGGAUCAGGUCCACAGAAUGAAUGGUAUUUUUUCAGUCACAAGGACAAGAAAUACCCUACUGGAACUCGAACGAAUCGAGCGACGACAGCUGGAUUUUGGAAGGCUACAGGGAGAGAUAAGGCAAUAUAUCUUAGCAACUCCAAAAGAAUUGGGAUGAGGAAAACUCUUGUAUUUUACACAGGACGUGCCCCUCAUGGCCAAAAAACUGAUUGGAUCAUGCAUGAAUAUCGACUCGAUGACAACAAUGCUGAAGUAGAGGAAGAGGGCUGGGUUGUUUGUAGGGUAUUCAAGAAGAAGAACUACGCAAGAGGUUUCCAACACGAUAUUGGAGAACAAGAUCACGAGCCACAAUUAUCUUUUACAGAUCCUAUGAAAGGUGGAACUUCAAAACAAAAUAUCCAACAACAACUACAAACCGCGUCGUCUUGCUAUGACAACUAUCAAUCAUCCUUUGAUGGUUCAAUGCAUCUUCCUCAAUUGCUUAGUCCUGACUUAACACUUCCAUGUCCAUCACUCGUCCCUCCUCCGUUGAGUAAUCACAACUUAUUGAGACUAACAUCAACAUCAGCACCUAAUUUUAAUUUCUCUCAGCAACAUGAUAAAUUUAGUGGUGAUUGGUCUUUCUUGGAUAAACUUCUUGCUUCAUCAAAUCAAGCCGUUGUGCUACAAUCUCAGGCAGUUACAACAGAUUUGGUUAACCCUACAACCUCACAAAAAUAUCCAAUAUUUAAUCACCAUGCGUUUGAUCACGAUAUUUUGAAAUUUUCAAAGUAAUAUUCAGAGAAUACCAGUCGUCCAA